AUGAACAAUUUGCAGACACAAGUUUUGGCUCACCCAAAGCCAGGUCUGGCGAAAGAAAGCCGGUGGCUUCAAGUGAUCCGCCGCGUAAGAAGAGAAACGUUUUCAAAAUCGACUAAAUAUACCUCCUACUCACUAACCAUUGUAGCACCAAAGGCCCUGUGUUGGAUGCAGGACCGCGCUUAUGAAUUCUCACCAUUUGAUUUAGUCAACUCCACAUUGAGUAUGUCGAUGGCAAAAACGUACAUGCGGCAUGUUCUGAGGCUUCGCGGGCCGCAGAAAAGCAUAGUACGCUGUGCUACUUCGGCCGCAUCUCCUCAGAUACCCAGAUUUGUAUCAAAUGAAAAAAAUGCUCGCAAACGACGGAUUGCGACCGUCGAGUCGAUUUGGAACGGCGACUUUUCGGGCCCAUCGGAACCGUUCCGCGCAUUUCCCGGUGAUAGCACAAAUGCCACGUCUUCUGUGUUUGUCUCAGAUUCUUCUACAGGCGACAAGUCCGGCGUACCGUCUGAUAACACCGAUGGUAGUGCUGACAAAGCCCCGGUAGAGCGUGAAAAGAAUGAUGAAAGAGAUGAAAAAGACGACUCGCCGGGCAAAGAGGUUCCUUCAGAUGACCAGCCAAAGACACCUGAGCCGCUGAAAGACACAGAAAAGUCAGAUUCGUCGAUUUCUUCGUCGGGACUCGGUGGUACUUCGGAUACUCCAGGUGCUCCGGGUGCUCCAGGAUCUCCCCUGGGGGGCAACGGAGGCAAUGGAAGUGGCAACGGUCCAGAGGAACAGGCGGUGGAUCCAGAAACAGGACUUUAUCCUCCACUUCUUGCGAUCCCAAUGAAGGACAGACCUCCACUUCCAGGACGGCCAUUCGCCAUUAACAUUACCGAUCCCGACGUUAUUCGGUCCAUUUACACCAUCAUAGACAAACGAGAGCCCUACUUUCUCUUGUUCCAUGUAAAGGACCCCAAUGAGCCCGACACCGAUAUCAUCAGAAGCAAAGAUUCCGUGUACGAUAUCGGUGUUCAUUGCCAGAUUAUUCGUCAUACUACGCCCCGUCCUGGGGUGUUCAAUGUGUUGGGAUAUCCUUUGGAUAGAUGCCAAUUGCAAGAAUUGAGCAGUCCCAGCGACCGUAAAAAGACCAACUCAGACAAGAAAGUUGACGCUUCCUCUGCCUCGGAUGCUUCGUAUUUGAGCGGCCUUAAUGUGUCGUAUGCUACCGUCAAGCGUGUCUCAGAUGAACCCUAUGACGAAGAGUCUGCUGAUAUCAAGUCAUUGGUGGAGUCGCUCAAGACUCUUUUGAGCAAGAUGGGAGGAAAGAAUCCACUUGAAAAACUCCAAAUCAAAGAGGGCACGGAAUUGGUCAACAAUCCCUCCAAGUUGGCCGAUUUUGUGGGUUCGACAAUCCAUGGUAACCCCAAAAAAAUCCAGGAAAUCUUGGAGACCUUGAAUGUUCAAUCCAGGUUAUCCAAGGCUUUGGAAUUAUUGAAGGUAGAAUUAAAAGCCAGUAUGAUCAAAGAGAACACCAUUCACAACUUGAGCUCGAAAGCUGAUGAGUACCAAACCAGACUUUUCAUUAAGGAGUUUAUCAAGGAACUUCAGAAAAGAGCUGGAAUCAGUGAAUCGGAGGACAAGAAAACCCACAAAUUCGAUGAACGGCUCAAGCAUUUGAAAUUGACUGAAGAGGCCAUGGAGGCAUACAACGCUGAAAAGACCAAGAUGGAAAGCCAGAACGAGCAUUCAAGCGAGUUGGGCGUAAGUGAGCGGUAUCUUGACUGGUUGACUUCUAUCCCAUGGGGAAUUUAUUCAAAAGACCGUUUCAGUAUCAAGCGUGCGAGAGAGAUUCUUGACCGUGACCACUAUGGUUUAAAGGACGUCAAGGACCGUAUUUUGGAGUUCAUUUCCAUUGGUAAAGUUUCGGGCAAAGUGGACGGAAAAAUAUUGUGUUUAGCGGGUCCACCAGGUACCGGAAAGACGUCGAUUGCUCGGUCGAUUGCUGAGGCGCUCGAUAGAAAGUACGUAAGAAUUGCCAUGGGUGGUAUUCAAGACGUCCACGAAGUGAAGGGUCAUCGUCGUACUUACGUUGGUUCGAUUCCAGGACGUAUUAUCUUUGCACUCAAGCAAGCCAAAACUUCGAAUCCUUUGAUGUUGAUUGAUGAAAUCGACAAGUUGGAUUUGAGUAGAGGUGGUGGUGCUGCAUCUGCAUUCUUGGAGAUUUUGGAUCCGGAACAAAACAACUCUUUUGUGGACAAUUACAUCGAUGUUAAGGUUGAUUUGUCCAAGGUAUUAUUUGUGUGUACUGCCAAUUAUUUGGGCAACAUUCCUGCUCCAUUGCGUGAUAGAAUGGAGAUCAUUGAUGUUUCCGGCUAUACCAACAACGAGAAGAUUGAGAUUGCUAAGCGUCACUUGAUUCCUGAUGCUGCCAAGAAAGCUGGGUUGGAUCCUCGCCAUGUGAAGAUCCCAACCGAAACCAUUAGUCGUCUUAUUGAAAAGUACUGUCGUGAAAGUGGACUUCGUAAUGUGAAAAAGUUCAUUAACCGAAUCUACAGCAAAGCUUCGAUGAAGAUCGUGGAAGACAUCGAGCUGAGAGAAGAAGAAGUUUCUGCCAAGGAAGAGAGAUCAGCCGAAGAUGAAGAUAAGGCUGAGAUUGUCAAAACUGAGUCGGUCGAGAAGACAGACGCAAAGGAUGAAAAGGUGGACAAGGAACCCGCACAGGCAACUGCCACAGAGUUUUCUGCCGAUGGAGUAGCGGCCGAUGCAAAGAAAGAUUCUAGCGAAGAAUCUACGUCCUCUGAGGACGAAAACUUGCCGGAGCCAAUUGCUAUUCCCGAGGAUGUGGAAAUUACGGUUUCUGUGGAUACGCUCAAGGAUUACGUGGGACCUGAGAUUUACACGAGAGAUCGUGUUUACGACAACCCUCCUCCUGGUGUUGCUACUGGCCUCUCAUACAGCUCAUCUGGAAAUGGCGAUGCUCUCUACAUUGAGUCUAUUUUGACGCAUUCAAUUGCAUCGGGAUCGGGUUCUCCAGGCAUGCAUGUCACCGGUAGCUUGAAGGAUGUGAUGAAGGAAUCUGCUUCGAUUGCCUACUCAUUUACGAAACUGUUCAUGUCGAAAAAGUACCCUAAUAAUCGGUUUUUCGAGGCAGCGGACAUCCAUGUCCAUUGUCCAGAUGGUGCAAUUCCCAAAGAUGGGCCAUCUGCGGGUAUCUCGUUCACUUCCUCUUUGAUUUCCUUGGCCAUCAACAAACCUCUUCCACCAGAAGUUGCCAUGACUGGUGAAAUAACUGUUACUGGCCGUGUGCUUCCUGUGGGAGGAUUGCGAGAGAAGUUGUUGGGUGCCAAGCGGUACGGAUGCACCAAGGUGAUUUUCCCUAAGGAUAUCGAAAAUGUGCUUGAAGAGAUUCCUGAAGAGGUGAAGGAAGGAAUUGAGCUCAUUCCUGUUGAGUGGUACCAGGAGGUAUUCGACCAUAUCUUCCCCAACACUUCUGUGGAAGAGAUCAAUGAUAUCUGGAAGGACGACUUUGCUGCCUUGGAUCAGAAGAAGAAAGCAAAGAGAAAGUAA